AUGUCAGGCGACACCCCUGACUCGCCUCUCUAUAUCAUCCGUAUGGCACCUCUGGGUGUGGUGUACGUCGAGUAUGGUACAAACUACGAAGUAUCUGGACGCUUUAUUCAGCCGCUGCACUGGUCCCAGAUCUCGGUCCCGUCAUUAAUCUUGCUCCGGCGCGAUCGGGCUGAAUGA